GCCCCGCCCGAAUUUGGAAACGACUUCCGGUCAACGAAGCAAUGGAACCUGGCGGGCAGGACAUCAACCUUAACUCUCCCAACAAAGGUUUGCUGUCAGACACCAUGACGGACGUCCCGGUGGGCCCAGCAGGAACCCGAAUACCAGCUGAUGCUGCAGGAGGAGUGGCACCAGAGGGUUUGACUGAAGCUGAAGCAGAGGAACUGCGCAAUGAGCUGGUUAAGGUGGAGGAGGAGAUUCAUACCCUGCGUCAAGUUCUGGCUGCCAAGGAGCAGCAUGCAGGAGACUUAAAGAGAAAACUGGGGCAGGAUACUCUAAGCCAGCUGAAGCUCAACUUGUCGAAGAGUCUGCAUGACGUCCAAAUGUCUAAUGCUUACGUAAAAACAACAGAGAAAUUUGGAGAGUGGAACGAAAAAGUGACGCAGUCUGAUGCCUACAAGAAGACCCAGGAGACGCUUUCUACUGCCGGUCAGAAAACCUCUGCUGCUUUGUCUACGAUGGGCACUGCCAUCUCCAGAAAACUGGGGGACAUGAGUAGCAGUUAUUCAAUCCGCCACUCCAUAAGCAUGCCUGCAAUGAGGAACUCUGCAACCUUCAAAUCUUUUGAAGACCGUGUGGCGAAUUUAAAGCCCAGGGUAUCUACAAACGGAGAAGAAAAUGAAAGCCAGAAUUUGCACUCUCCAGACAAUAAAUCUCAAGAUUCUGCCCCAUUUUAGGUCAUCUUUGUCAUGUCAUCUUCAACUUUUUUUUAUUUUUAUUGUUUUUUAUUAUACCCGUUCUGCCCUAUAGCAGCCUCGUCAUCUCAAAGCCCAAAGGGCUGCCAGCAAACAAAAUGACACUAACCUUUGCCCCAGAAAUUAUGUGAUUUUGUGUUAACAUGUGAACAUUCCCUCACGCCUUCUCCUCUACAGCUAAAUGUCCUCAACCUAAAGCAUAGCAGCACUUCAUGGUGGUGUUCCACACAGUUUGAAUGGAAUUGGCUACAUAAUAAAUGAAAUGUCCCUGUCCCCAAGCAUGUGCACGUUGCCGCCUUUCCACAUUCGCAGUGUAUAGUCCUAAGUAUGACGUGUAGUUGUUCAGUACAGCUGCUUAAUAUUACAGAGGGUCUGACAGAAUUAUUCCAACCCGUUCCCUCCAGUUUGAUCGGCUCGUUUAUUGGUUUAUGUUUUCUAUUCCUUUUAAAGGUCUGUCAUUGGAGGAGAUGUAGGAAAUUGCGAGAUUUAAUUUCUGGGUCUUUUUUUAAAUCAAGUAUGUAAGGGUGCUGUUCACAUUUGAAGAAGUUACUUGUUCUAUGUCUUUGCUCUGCUGUCUCCUUAGUUCCUUAAAGAAGUUAUCCGAUUUUUAUUUUAUUUUUUUAUGUUCCCUCCUUGAUUACAGUAGCGGCUUUUUUUAUUAGUAUUUAUUACAGGUUACUUACCAGCGCUGCGCCCCUGGUCUUUAUAUGCUCCUUGCACUUCCGGGAUUUGUGUUUUCGUAUAUUAUGCAACGUGAUCCAAGCCUGGUGACAAGCCACAGCGCAUGCGUGAGUGAAUCUCUCGCCACAGCGAUAUCAAGAGAGUCACUUUUACGCAUGCACUAAUGGUUGUAAUCCGGCGCAUAAUGUAAGGCACAUGAUCCUGGAAGUGCAAGGAGCAUAUAAGGACCGCUGGCCCGGUAAGCAACACUUAAUAAGUACCGUAAUCAAGGGGGGGGGGGGGGGGAGCAUGAAAAACAAUAUUGGAUAACCUCUUUAAGUUGGAGCUAGUGGUGAAUUUUAAGAGGACAGAUCUUCUUUUUUUUUUUUUUUUUUUUUUUUUUUUUAAUUCCAAAACAUAUCCGGACAUAUUAGCCAGUUUGGACAUUCUUUUCUUUUGGAUA